AUGAGUCAUCAACAUGGACCCGGCUGCAAUCAUGGACCCUCUGGCGGCGGUCAUCAACAAACGAUCCAAGUCAAUGACGCCAACAAGGCUCCUGCCAUCUACAAGAACACUGCCAAUUACCUCAAGGAUGAAAAGAAAUCUGGCUUGAAGGCUAGACAAGGUGUAUUCAACGGUAAACGAUUCGAGUAUUUCAAAGGAAAGAGAGGAAUCGACGCCAUUUUGAAAGAGAACUACGCCAAGGUCACCAAGGGCGACAAGGCACCUACAACCCGUGAAGAGGCAUUCAAUGUGUUGAAUGAUUUGGGUAAGUUUGGAUUCAUUUUACGUGUUGACCGUGGCGAGUCUAUUGGCGGCAAGGGCUCUCCUCGUAUCUUGCAGCCCAACCCUGUUCAAGAAGUGAAAGAAGAUGGUUAUUACAUGUGGAUCUGGGAGGGUUCGCAGGUCAAGUUGUAUAUGGGUGCUGCUGCUUUGGUGGCUGUGGUGCUGGCAGGUGUGCUCUUCCCUCUGUGGCCUAAUUUCUUGAGAUUGGGUGUUUGGUAUCUCAGUAUUGCUAUUCUCUGUUUGGUUGGUGUCUUUUUCGGUAUCGCCAUUGUGCGUCUCAUUCUCUAUGUUAUUACAUAUCCUGUUUUGCCUCGUGGAUUCUGGAUUUUCCCCAACUUAUUCGAAGAUGUCGGUAUUGUCGAGAGUUUCAUUCCAUUGUACGGAUUUGACCCAGUCAAGGAAAAGAAGAGCAAAAAGGCAUCUGUGAAUUCAAAAGCAUCAGCACCAUCAACAGCAACAGCAACAACAACAACAGCAACAGCAGCAAAGGAAGAUUAA